GGACCCUUUAGAGGAACGCACAGGCCGCCAUGUAGGACAGACUUGACUGUUUACGCGGAAGAAAGAUUAUCGUUGAGUCUAAAAGCUGUCCGGCUCCGUCUCAAGUCACUACUUCAGGUUUGAAAAUGCGUUACGAGCUGGCGAACACGGCGGGCUGAGUUUUUAACCAGAGCGAAGAAACAUGGAGGCGAGGUUCGGCAGCGAAGUCGCGUCUGUCGUGGAAGUCGCUAUCCAGGCGACCGUGUCUGUUUUCAGGGAUGUCUGGGCGAAAGAAGCGCCAAACGCGGAGUGGGAAGAGGCGAAGCUCGGCGAAAUCCAGGACAUAGAGAAGUGCCUGGUGGUUCAGAUCCACAAGGUGUUCACGGAGUUCUCCUCGGAGCUGUUCGAGGAGAACGAAGCUCUGCGGGCCAAAGUGGAGCAGCUGGAGGACGUGCUGCAGAGGAAAGCCGGGCAGCUGGAGCAGGAGCUGGAGGCCAGAGUGGGGCAGCUGGGCAGAGACAUGGAGCUGCUGGAGAAGGAGCUGAAGAGCAUCAGUGGUGAGGGAGGCCCGACUCACAUCCUGCUGCAGGAGGGCUCACUGAUAGGAGCACCAGUGUUGUCUGCCUCCACCAGUCCUGCUGCCCCUCUGGUUGCUGCGGAUGAAUCCACCUCCGACUCUCCUCCAGUUUCAGGAGGAAGCACAGAUCCCGGCUCCACAGCUGUGUCCGCGACUGCCCCUAAACCUGCGGUAGCCCCGAUGGUGUUUGUCGACAGAGUCAGCUCUGCUCCCACGGUGCUGCUGGUGGGUGCCAGCCAAGUCGUUUCUCAGCCCCCGGCGACGGCUGGAUCUGAGACGACGGGAGCAACGCAGCUCAUCCUCAAACCGGCAGCCUCGCCGGGGUCUACGCCUCAAGACGUCCCCAGUCCAGACUCCAGCACCGUCAGUGGUAUCGACCCAACACAGGAAAAGAAGUCCGCAGAAGAGGCACCUUCAGGAAGAACGAGGAGGACCAGGAGAGCAACCUCUAAAAGUGAAGAAGUUUCCGACAACAGCGCUGAAGAGAAACAAAUCCAGUCAGCUGGAGUGUCGGGAAGAAGGUUUAAAAACAAAGAGUCGCGGACAGUGAAGCGGUUCGCCUGUGACCACUGUGACGUCAGUUUUCAUUGGAAAGGCGAACUGAAGAAACACAUGAAGGUCCACAAGAAGCCUUUUCCUUGUGAGCAGUGUGGCAGAAGUUUCCUCGAAAAGAAGUCUCUUGAAAAUCACCUUUUGCGUCACGAGGCGAGUAAAGCCCCGUUGCCCUUCCCCUGUCUUCAGUGUAAGAAAUCGUUCAGAAAAGAGCAGUCGCUUCAGAACCACCUGAAGCGCCACGAGCGGUCGAAACCACCAAAGCCGUUCGCCUGCGAUCAGUGUGGGAAAACGUUCCGGAUUAAACCAUCUCUGGAAAACCACCUCCUGCGCCACGAGAAGAGGAAGCAAAUGCUCAAGUGUCAGCUUUGUGACAAGACCUUCAAGUCGUCGGUUCACCUGAAAUGUCACAUGGCCGUGCACUCCGAGGAGAGACCGUUCAGCUGUGCAACAUGUGGGAAGGAGUUCAAGAGUAAAGACACCCUUCGCUUCCACCAGAUGGUGCACACGAACGCCAAAAAAUACAAGUGCACAAUGUGCGAGGAGACUUUCAAAUAUGCGCACUCCCUGACUGUGCAUAAGAGGAAACACACGGGCGUCACUCCGUUCAAGUGCACCGUGUGCAACCGGUCGUACAGGACCGGCACCGCUCUGAAAAGACACAGCAUAGUCCACACCGGGGAGAAACCGUUCACCUGUCACAUAUGUGGAGCGAGGUUCAGCCUCAAUAACAACCUCAAGAGGCACCUUCGCAUUCACACAGGAGAGAAACCGUUCACCUGCCAGGAGUGUGGAAAGAGCUUCUCGGACAACACCAAGCUGAAGUCCCACAUGCUCAUCCACGGGGCCAGAAAACCGUUUAUGUGUGAUCUCUGCGGGAAGACCUUCCUCUUCAACUGCAGGCUGCUGAUCCAUCAGAGGUACGUGCACGCCGACAGGAACGAGGAGUCCGACGGCACACAGAGAUUUCUCCAGACGAGAGGGCGAAACAAGUCCUCGGUGAAACCGUUCAGCUGCAAAAUAUGUCUGAGAGGUUUCAGCGCCGCGUCUUCUCUCAAAAUUCAUGAAAAGGGCCACAGUGAGCAGAAGGAGUUCAACUGCAGCAUAUGUGCGAAGUCUUUCCAUAACAAAUACUCUUUCAGUUAUCACCAGAGGAGCCACUCGGGGGAGAAGCCGUAUGUUUGCGAUGUGUGCGGGAAGAGAUUCUUCAACGCCGGUAGUCUGAAGGCGCACGAGCGGAUUCACACCGGUGAGAAACCGUACAAGUGCGACCAGUGCGGAAAGGCCUUCAGGACAGACGGAAACUUCUACAGACACGUGCGCAUCCACACGGGGGAGAAGCCGUUCGAAUGUAUGUACUGUCAGAGGAAGUUCCACCAGUCGAAUCAGCUCAAGUCCCACAUGCAGGUCCACACCGGGCAGAAGCUCUACACGUGCCAGCAGUGCAGCCGGGGCUUCUCUGACUCCAGGCAGCUCAAGAAGCACAGUUGUGACGGCUCACAGCUGUUAGAGUUUUAUUUUGAAGGAGGAUUUAACCCCUGUGCUACUUCCAUUUCCGGAAUCAAUGGCGCUAACUGUCCGGCUAUUUGUCUGCGCCGCUGCUGGCGGUUAACUUUUAACGUUAAAAUGUCAGAAAACUUGGUGUUUCAUUCAGAAACAAAGUCCAUCGUGGAGACAGCCAUUAAGACCGCUGUCGAUGUUCUCGGAGAGCCAAAAGAAGAACAUUACACCAAGGAGCGGAGUGUGCGACGUAAGCCAGAUUUUGUCGACAUUGUGGAAAUGCUGGCACGGGAGGCAACCAGAAAGAUCAGCGCCAUUUUCUCCCAGCUGUCCUUGAUGCUGUGCGACGAAAACCAGACUCUGAAGGCCAAAGUGGGACAGCUGGAGAGCGAGCUGAGGACUGUGAGCGAAAGCUUUGAAAACGCCAGAAUGUGGAGGGAAAAUGUUCUGAGCGGCUGCCCGGUCCUGUUCGAGCAGAGCGGCCUGAUCUUCACCUUGAAGCCGUUCGGGAAGUUAAAAAGAAAGACAGAAACUUUCCCAGAAUCGUCGCCUGACGCUGGGAUACAGAGCCGACACGAUGCUGUAUUAAUUUCGUGCUCAGAUGGAGGAGAAGCAACGAAGGAGGUGAGCUCUGAAGCUGAGUCCUCACCAGUCAGUAGACGAGAAACCGCGCUGGAUUAUACCACAACAGACACGUCCGAAAUCAACAACACGGACAGCCAAAACACGCAGGCAGCAGGAGUCCAGAAGAAAGGGAAGGUGUUCGUAUGCGAUGUCUGUAACAAGAGCUUCGACCGGCAGUUUCACCUGCUGAAGCACAUGAAGACUCACAAAGAUCAGAGGCCUUUCACCUGCGACCAGUGCCCCAGAAAAUUCAGGAAUACAGCCACCUUUGAGUACCACCUGCUGCGGCACGAGGAGAAGAAGCACGCUACCUUCAAGUGCCAGCUCUGUGAGAAGACGUUCAAAACCAAAAUGUACCUAAAGACUCAUCAGCUCGUGCACACGGACACGAGGCCGUUCGUCUGCUCCACCUGCGGGAAGGGCUUCAAAACGAAGCACAACCUGCAGGCUCAUCAGAUCGUGCACACUGUGGAGAAGCCGCACAAGUGCUCCGAGUGCGGUGAGAGCUUCAGGUACGCGUUCACGCUGCAGUGCCACAGGAGCAUCCACACUGGCGAGAAUCCGUACAAAUGCACGGUGUGCGGCAAAGCUUUCGUAAAGAGGAGGUCGCUCAGGACGCACCAGUCGGUCCACAGAGGGAAGAUGUUCACGUGUGAGACGUGCGGAGCGGGCUUCACCCUUCAGCAAAACCUGAAGAGACACAUUCGUAUUCACACGGGGGAAAAACCCUUCAAAUGUAAAGUCUGCGGGAAGAGUUUCAUUCAGGACAACAAGCUGAAAGCCCACAUGCUCCUUCACGGCGCCUCGAAGUCCUUCAUGUGUGACCUGUGUGGGAAGACGUUUCUCUACAACUGGCAGCUGCAGAAACACCAGAAGGUACCUCACGAUCAAAGACACGGGCGCGUCAUCAGAAGACGGAGUCAAGAGCGAGGUAACCGCAGAGUCAUCUAUCGGCAGGACCGCACGACAGACGACGUGACGCCGUUCAGCUGCAAGACCUGCCGCAAGGGCUUCGACACGGCGAGUUCACUGAAGAGACACGAGCUCAUUCACACGGGUCAGAUGCAACAUAACUGCGACCUGUGCGGGAAGAGUUUUUUCUACAAAGCGACGUUCGACUACCACCAGCGGGUCCACACCGGCGAGCGGCCGUACGCCUGCGACAUGUGCGGGAAGAGGUUCAUCAUCCUUCAGGCUCUCAAGUCCCACAAACUGCAGCACUCCGGAGAGAAACCGCACAAAUGCGAGCUGUGCGGCAAGGCCUUCAGGAUCUACACCAACUACCUCCGACACUUACGGGUCCACACGGGGGAGAAGCCCUACGAGUGUGAGGUUUGCGGCGUGAGGUUCAGGCAGCUCGCACACGUGAAGUUUCACAUGCAGGUCCACACGGGAGAGAGGCCGUAUUCCUGCAGCGGCUGCGGACUUGGAUUUUCAGACUCGAGGCUGCUUAAGAAACAUAACUGUACUGAGAAACACCAGAAAUCUCCCACUAUGUCAGAUUUGGAGGCGCAAGUGGGCGCCAUUCUGGAGAUAAUGGUCAACGCGACCGUGUCAGAAAUGAUCAAAGUUAGCGGCGAUUCAACAGAAGCGUCUUCAUGUGCAACCGAAAACACGGCGGAGACGGUGAUCCAGUUUAGCGUCUUCGUGACAUCUCUGGCUCGAGAAGCUGUGGAGAAGAUCUGCCAGCUUUUCCAUGAAUGUUCCUCUCUGCUGCAGUUGGAGGUGACACAGGGUGCUGCAGAGGUCGAGGACCUGAGGAGGAGACUGGAGGUGGCAGAGACGGAGCUGAAGCUGGUGCUGGAGGGCAGCGGAGGCCAGAGCGCAGCCGAGGAGCUGACGGAGGAAAGCAGCCGCCCGAAGGAGGGGAGGAAGACUCCGACCAAUGGAGCAGAAGGAGAGACUGUCCAGAGCCAGCGCUCAGGGAGGAAGAGUCGCAGAGUUGUGGCCGGUGGGGAUGCUGGAGUGAAGAGAGCGCCUAUAAUUCACCUCUGGAAAGGCCGAACUUAUGAGGACAGUGUCCAACCUGUGAUAAUAAAGGAGGAAGGAUUGGAGGCAUUGGCUGACCAGGCGUCUUCUGAUUCUGGUCAGUACAGAGAUGACCCAGGCCAGGACGAUGGUGACGACCCAGACUACCAGUUGGAGCCAGAAGAUCCAGAUGAUGGGGACCCUGGAUACACCACCAGACCCAAACGUAUUUUAAAGCCCAAGUCCCAUCGAGGCCGAGCGAAGAAGGAGGGUCAGAGUCAGAACCAGCAGCCUCUGAGCUGCAAACACUGCAGGAAAACCUUCACCAAGCUGCUGCAGCUCAAAGCCCACCAGGCCGUCCACGGGGCGAAUGCAGAGAAGCCUUUCCACUGCACUCAGUGCGGCAGAGGCUUUUCGUUCCAGCGAAGCCUCAAUGCACACAUGCUGCUUCAUACAGGUGAGAGACCACACACCUGUGAUGUCUGUGGGAAGGGUUUCACCCUAAAGCAGCUCCUGAGGAACCACCAGCGUCUCCACGCUGAGGUUCGGCAGUUUUCAUGUGAACAGUGUGGAAAGAGCUUCUACCGAGCCCACGGCCUGAAAAUGCAUCAGAUGGUCCACACGGGAGAGCGGGCCUAUAACUGCCAGUACUGCAACAAAAGCUUCACAAUACAAGGUAACUUGCAGCGCCACCUGCGCAUACACACGGGGGAGAAGCCGUUCAGGUGCGAGACUUGUGGCAAAAGCUUCAACCAGGCUGACACUCUGAAAGGCCAUCAGCGGAUACACACUGGUGAGCGACCCUUCAACUGCGAGACUUGUGGCAAAUGUUUCAUCCAAAAGAGUGCCUUGAAGAUGCACCAGAAGACCUCUCACUCAGGGGAGAACUCGCUGGCAUGCGUGGCAUGCGGCACUACGGUGGCCUGCGUGGACUCGCUUCGCAAACACCUCCAGACGCAUUCGGCGACUAUUCCGUGUACGUGCGUGCUGUGCGGCCGGCGGCUCAGCUCCAUCACCGACCUGCGCUCACACCAGCAGCACCACACUGUGGACAGACCUCACAGCUGCGGUCUCUGCGGGAAGAGUUUCAAGUCGUCCAGUUACCUGAAGAUUCACCUGAAGACACACACCGGGGAGAGGCCGUUCUCCUGCGACAUCUGCGGUCGCAUGUUUACGCAGCACAGCAGCCUUAAAUCGCAUCAGGCGGUCCACACAGGAGAAAAACCAUUCAGCUGCGACACGUGUGGGAAAUGUUUCAGCAACACGGGCAACCUGAACAGACACCAGCGUAUCCACACUGGGGAGAAGCCGUUCAGCUGCGACACAUGCGGCCGCAGCUUCAACCAGGGCAACAGCCUGAAAGCCCACCAGCAGAUACACACCGGGGAGAAACAGUUCAUGUGCGACAAGUGUGGAAAGAGUUUCUCCUACCUGAGGAACCUGAAGGACCACAAGUGUUUCUAUGUGUGAAGCUGAACUGUGAUGAGACACCUGCCCUGGUGGCAGAGUGGACAAUGUAGCGUUCCCUGUUAAGGAAUAAUGACUGGAUGGAUAAUAAAAGAAGAGUUUGCAGUGACAAUGGUUUUGGUAAUUAUGAAGUUUAGUCUACCAGAUUUGUUUUGUUUCACAACCAAGCUAUCCUGAGAAAGGAGGUGGGGAUAGAUGCACCUUGUUGUGUUUUAAAUUUAAAGGACCAGUGUGUAGCAGAUUGGAACUAACUGAACACUUAACAAUCUGUAUUUAACAGCCUGGGAAUGAGAACGGGCUAUGAAGUGUGUAGG